GCGAGUCGCGACGGAGCGGCUGUCGCUGGAGGAGAGCCGCCGUCGCUUCCGAAGGAUGGCGGCGGGGGUUUCCUCGUCUUCUUGCGGCCGAGGCGGGCUGCAGCCGCUCAAAGCCACCGUCCCGUUCCAGCUGCAGCAGCGGCGAGGCGGAGACGGGGGCCGGGCAGCCAGCGUUCCGUGUGCUGCCGGUGCUACCGAGAAGGCCUGCCGGAACAGACCUCCCCGGGUGAGGCGCACAUCUUCCUUGGACACCGUCCUCGGGUCGUACCUCCUCGGUCAGUGGCCUCGUGAUGCGGAAGGAGCGGCUUUAUCGCCUAUGAGCGACAAAUCGACACAGACUCCUGUAUCCUGGCACGAAGUGGAGGUGGGGAAGGCCACCCUUCAUAAGCGUUCUGCCUCCUGGGGCAGCAUGGGCCAUCGCAGAGAGAUCGCCAAACUGAAGCAGCAGCUGCAGCGAACAAAGCUGAGCACCAGGAACCAUCUCUUCCUUACAGAAAUUCUGGAUGUCCCCGAUGGCCACAGGGCCCCGGCCCCUCUCCAGAGGGCCCCCGGAGAUUCCUUGCUGCCUCCGUUGGAGCACAGCAGCAGCAGCUGCAGCAGCCUUUCUCUUUCCCCGUCCCCUUCAGCCGCUCCGGGACGGUCCCCGCACACUCCUGCUCGCGCAGCUACAGAAGACCCUUCCUCUGGUGCCGUAGAAACACCUGUGCUCGAAACCAAAGGAAAAGAAAACGGCAACAGUUCUCCGGUCCUCGCUUUUGCCUUGUCUCCUCGCCCCAACCACACCUACGUAUUCAAGAGGGAACCUCCAGAGGGCUGCGAAAAAAUCCGUGCCUAUGAGGAAGUUGCACCGCUCGGCCUUGAUCAGGCCUUCCUGCCUUCCUGUCCGGAUAAGAACAAAGUCCACUUCAACCCAACCGGCUCUGCCUUUUGCCAGUUCAGCCUGGUGAAGCCUCUGAUUCCCAGCGUGGACUUCCUCUUCACAGACUUCUCUUCCUCUCCCAGCCCUGCGCCACCGGGCACAUGCUCACGCCAGCCCACCUCCAAGGUUCCGCUCCUCGCCUUGCAGAAAGACUCCAGGGGCGAUGACUUCAGCGAGACCCCUCAGUCGCCUCCGUUGGAAUCCUGGAAGCGGAAUCAGGCCAAAGACACUAUCCUCUUCCACAGCUCCCUGGUUGUCUGAAGUUCAGUGGGCAGAGCAAAGGCAAAAUGAAUCGUUGGUCCCUUAGUGCACUUUGGCCCGUGGAGAAAGGAGUGCCUUGGAACUGAGUAA